AAAAAAAAACCUGCGCAAGCGCAAACCGUCUCCUAGUAGAAAGGAUAGUGAUGACGACGAUGACGACGACGACGACGAUGUGUCUCACGUAGUGACCAAGGAACGCAAGACAGUGUCAACACCAUUUGUACAAAGUACUCGUCGAAUCAGAAAAAAGAAAACAAACUUGGCCGAUCUAUCUGACGAUGACGACGAUGAUGAAGAAGAAGAAAGUGCCAUUGGCGUUCGUUAUGCAGCCGAUCGAUCGUCCAAGUUACAGAAAAGCGAUGCGACUCGUUAUGCAACAGAAUGGGAACUUGAAAGCGAAGCGCUCAAAAAGAGCGCAAACAAGAAAGCAACAAUUACCACAACAGCACCAAGUAGUAGUGGCACAAAGGAUGUGAUGAAUUCCAAAAUGCAAGUUGGUCCGCAACGAGCACCAGCCAACGUUCGCGUAACGGCACGGUUUGACUAUCAACCCGACAUUUGCAAAGAUUACAAAGAAACUGGAUUUUGUGGUUAUGGCGACUCUUGCAUUUUCUUGCACGAUCGUGGUGAUUACAAGACGGGUUGGCAGUUGGAAAAGGAAUGGGAAGAUGCCAUGCGCAACAAGACCAAGUUUGGUCAAUCCGAUCCAAAUAAGUAUGCUGUAUCUGAUGACGACGACGACUCGGAAGAAGAAUUACCGUUCGCUUGUUAUAUUUGUCGACAAGAGUUCAAGGACCCGGUCGUGACAAAAUGUAACCAUUAUUUCUGUGAGAAAUGUGCUCUCGAUAAUUAUAAGAAGUCGCCCAAAUGUUUUGCCUGUGGCGCUCCUACUGGUGGUGUCUUUACUACGGCCAAGAAUAUGCUUGAAAAGCUGCGCAAAAAGAAAGAACGGCAGCAAGAAGACAAGAGCGAUCAGGAGGAUGGAUUGGAUAACAACAAUAAUGAUUUCAGUAUUGAAGGACUGGAGGAAAAGAAGGAUAGUAGUAAUAGUAGUAGUGAUAGUAGUGAUGACGAUGACGAUGAUAGUGAUAGUGAUUGAAAGAAACUUUUUUUGGCAUACCCCUUUUCCCUUCAUCUUAAAACCAUUAUAAACAUAUAUUGCAUUUUUUAAAAAGGUCAUCCAGUUUGUAGCUUUAAAAAGUUGUUAUGAAAUGUAAAG